CCAGUACAUGAGGUGUGGCUGAAUGCACCCCACGCCAGGUACAUCGGUACUUGAUGGUCAUGCAUCCACAAGCUUGCCAAGCGUCGGUUGGCUGGAGGGAGGAGCUCCUCAGCUUGGUUGUUUGAGCUUCGUAACUCUGGCAGCCUUGCGGGAUUGUAGCUAUCCUUGCACUCACCAUCCUCAACGUCAACUUCCCGUCCACCUUGCUUCCUUAGUUCUUUCUUUUCCCUUCAGGUACAUUUAGCAACUCAUAAAGUCCUCAAAUAUGGCGUCAGGAUACGAUAGAGCUCUUUCAGUGUUUAGUCCCGACGGACACGUCUUCCAGGUCGAAUAUGCCGGCGAAGCAGUCAAGAGAGGUACCUGCGCUGUCGGCGUCAAGGGUAAGGAUAUUGUUGUCCUCGGGUGCGAGAAGAGAUCAGCCAUGAAGUUACAAGACACACGCAUCACACCGUCUAAGAUCGGACUUGUCGACACGCACGUAUGCCUCGCGUUUGCCGGUUUAAACGCCGACGCCCGCAUUCUGAUCGACAAAGCUCGCCUCGAAGCCCAAUCACACCGUCUGACUGUCGAGGACCCUUGUACAAUUGAGUACAUCACGAAAUAUGUCGCCGGUGUACAACAGCGGUACACGCAGAGUGGUGGUGUGCGACCGUUCGGUAUUAGCACCAUGGUCGUGGGAUUCGACAAGGGUAGCACCGCGCCCAGACUCUACCAGACGGAACCCAGCGGCAUCUAUUCCGCAUGGAAGGCGAAUGCUAUCGGCCGCUCCAGCAAGACCGUACGAGAAUUCCUCGAGCGAAACUACCAGGAUGAUAUGGACCGUGAGGCGACGAUUCGGUUAGCAAUCAAAUCACUUCUAGAGGUCGUCCAGACGGGUGCAAAGAACAUUGAGAUUGCUAUAAUGGCCCCAGGAAAGACUAUUGAAAUGCUCCCAGUUGAAGACAUUGAGACCUAUGUCAAGACUAUCGAGCAAGAGAAGCAGGAGGAAGCUGCCAAGAAAAAGACUGGCCGGACACCUGGCACGGGCAGCGCAACUAUCUUGCCGAGGGAGCGGGAGGGGGGUAGUGAAUAGUCAAUCACAGAUUAAAGAGCUGGGUGUCAGGAACCAUAGAAAUAAUCGUAACCAAAGAUAAGCUCCUACAGGGGAGCAUUCUCCUGACUACGAAUAAUGAUCCGCAUGAUGGCGAUAAAAUGCGUACU